UACAUGUACCUAGGCACAGCAAAAAGUGGCGGCCUCUGGAGAGGCGAGAGCUGUUACAAGUGCCUGGAAGCUUCCCCCGGCUAGUCGUUUCGUCGGUUCUCUUACUUCCGCCCACCGAACUGCGGGAACUGCGGGAGACUGUGCUGCCGCCCGUGUGACACGAUUCGGGGUCUUCCUCGGUUGCGCUCAACCAUAUUCAAGUCUAGCUAGAUCUGUCAAGAUCAUAGGUGGUGCCUCCCCUCCUACCACUGCCGUCGUAAGGAAUCAUUGAAAGUUACAACCAACACGGGCAUGGCCGACUUUGAUGCUCCUUCGGGGCCUCCGCCGCCCAAAGUGCCGGAAGGCUGGGUUGCGCGAUGGAACGACCAGUACAAGGAAUGGUUCUACGUAAAUACCUACACCAAGAAAUCGCAAUGGGACAAGCCCACCGCACCUGCACGGCCGCCCGGCGACGACGCCCCUCCCGGCCCGCCACCGUCGUACACGCCCGGGGGUGGGAGCGCGCCGACUGACACGAAGACGAACCCCUACGGUGACCGCGACGGCGGGGGCGGUGGCGGUUCAUCGACCGAGGACGAGGACGCGAGGCUCGCGCGCCAGCUGCAGGCCGAGGAGGAGGCGAGGGCCCGCUCCAGCCACAGCCCCGGCGGGGCCGCGGCGACGUACGGCAGCACGCCCGUGCCCCAGGACAACCAGUUCCCGAACCAGCUGCCGCCGCGGCCCGAUAGCGGCGGCGCCCCCGGGUCCAGGGGCCUGCUGGGGAAGCUGUUUGGCAAGGGCAAGAACUCCGCCCAGGGCGGCUACCCCGGCCAGCAAGGGGGUUACGGCCAGCCCUCGUACGGACCGCCGCAGGGUGGCGGGUACGGGCCUCCGCAGGGUGGCGGAUACGGCGGGUACCCCCCGCCGCAGCAGGGUUACGGUGGCUAUCCCCCGCAGCAGCAGGGAUACGGCGGCGGAUACCCCCCGCCAGGCGGGUACUACGGCGGUGGCGGCUACCCUCCUCCGCAGCAGCAGUACGGCCGCCCCGGUAGGACCGGUGGUGGUGGCAUGGGUGCUGCCGGGGGCGCCGCGCUGGGUCUCGGCGCGGGCAUGAUCGGCGGCGCGUUGAUAGGCAACGCCAUCAGCGACUCGCAGCAUGACGCUUACCAGGAUGGAUACCAGGACGGCCAGGACAAUGACUAUGGUGGCGAUGGAGGAGGCGGCGACGACAUGGGAGGUGGUGACUUCUAAACUUGGACGAAUGGCCUUGUUGCUUGAACUUGGUAUCCCGUUCUGCUUCCUUUCCUGCCAAACUAUCUGUGCGGCACUGGUGCUCUCAGCACUAAGCAUAUCUCAAAGGUCGAUGUGUGUGAGCCGAGACUGAAUUCCUAGUUAUCACGAUAAACUUUGCAUGAACCAGAGGCGGAAACGCUAUGGAUGAUGAUGAUGAAGCGAAAUUCUACAUAGCAUCCCAUGGAAACCGGUUCAUAUUGCUCAAUACAAGAA